CCCUAAUAAUAUGCAUGAACUAGAGAAAAAAAACAAAAAAAGGAUAACGAUUAAAGAAAAUUGGGUCAUCGGUGGGGAGCAGUUGUUGGUGACGACCGACGAAAUGAAAGAAAAAACUGAGUAAAGAAAAGAGAACAGUUUCAGACAAAUUGCUACAGCUGUUACUUCUCCGAUUAGAACAUUUCAUCCUAAUUAAGUAUUGGGUCAAUGCCAAUGCCAAUGCCAUGGGAGAGACACUGCAUCAGACCAGACCAAGCAAUUUGCAAUAAAAUAUCCAAAUCCGUCCCUUUAGCUUUAGGGCGAGCUCGCGUGGGAAACGGAAACUUGGCUUGACGAAAAGAGACGCGACGACCCACUUUUCCGACUCUUUUUUCGUUCUUGUCUCCUCUCUUUCAGAUCUCAACUCCUUAUACUGGACUGCGAUCCCCUGCCCUGCCGGUUCGGAGAACCAUGGGGUUGGUCGGCGUCCAAGAAAAUGGGGCCGGAGAUUUGGGCUUUUCCGCCGUUUCUUUGGGACCCAAGAACAAGUACAAGAGAAUGGAUUCCGAGCUCCAUGAGGAUCACGAUGAUGCUUUGACCCAUCGCCGUCCAGCCGAUGCCACUUCAAGUACCAGGAAAUAUGUACUCGCCUGCGCUGUUUUCGCUUCUCUCAACUCUGUUCUUCUCGGAUACGACGUGGGAGUGAUGAGUGGGGCAAUCAUCUUCAUUCAAGAGGACUUAAAGAUAACUGAGGUACAGGAAGAAGUUCUUGUUGGGAUUUUGAGCAUUCUCUCCCUUCUGGGAAGCUUAGCCGGUGGUAAAACAUCAGAUGCCAUUGGUAGAAAAUGGACAAUGGCUUUGGCUGCUCUUGUCUUCCAAAUAGGUGCAGCAGUUAUGACAUUGGCGCCUACUUUUCAAGUAUUACUGAUUGGAAGAAUAUUGGCUGGGGUUGGAAUUGGCUUGGGCGUUAUGAUUGCCCCUGUUUACAUUGCUGAAAUUUCCCCCACCAUUGCCAGAGGUUCGCUCACUUCCUUCCCGGAGAUCUUCAUAAACCUCGGAAUUUUGCUCGGCUAUGUCUCCAAUUUCGCCUUCUCUGGCCUACCUGCCCAUACAAACUGGAGAAUCAUGCUGGCUGUGGGAAUCCUUCCCUCGAUCUUCAUUGGGUUUGCACUCUUCAUCAUCCCAGAGUCUCCCAGAUGGUUGGUGCUGAAAAACCGAGUCGACGAUGCGAGAUCUGUGCUUCUGAAAACUAUAGACGAUGAGAAGGAGGUGGAGGAAAGAUUAGCAGAAAUCCAACUAGCUGCUGGAAUCUCCAGUGCAGAGAAGUAUGAAGAAAAGGCUGUUUGGAGAGAGUUCUUGAACCCUUCUCCUGCACUUAGACGAAUGCUGAUCACUGGCUUUGGAAUCCAGUGUUUCCAACAGAUCACCGGCAUCGACGCCACCGUGUACUACAGCCCUGAGAUCUUCAAAGAUGCUGGAAUUCAAGGCAACUCCAAGCUACUUGCAGCAACUGUGGCUGUUGGUUUAGCAAAGACAGUUUUCAUAUUGGUCGCCAUUGUCCUGGUUGACAAGCUUGGUAGGAAGCCAUUGCUGUAUCUGAGCACAAUUGGGAUGACAGUGUGUUUGUUCAGCUUGGGUUUUACGCUCACUUUUAUUGGGAAUGGGAAAAUUGGCGUUGGUUUAGCCAUCUUUUGGGUGUGUGGGAAUGUAGCAUUCUUUUCAGUUGGAAUUGGCCCAGUGUGCUGGGUUUUGACCUCUGAAAUUUUUCCAUUGAAGCUACGAGCCCAAGCAGCGGCUCUUGGGGCAGUGGGGAACAGAGUUUCUAGUGGGCUGGUGGCCAUGUCUUUCUUGUCUGUUUCUCGAGCCAUCACUGUGGGUGGGACGUUCUUCAUCUUCUCCUUCAUAUCUGCUCUGUCCGUUGCCUUUGUCUACAAGUUCGUUCCAGAAACCAAAGGGAAGUCCCUGGAACAAAUAGAAUCGCUGUUUCAGAACGAAAUUGGAUGGAGAGAAAAUGAAGUGGAGCUUGGAGAUGUUGAGCAACUUGUUGAUAAGAAUGAACAGAAAUGAGCCAAUAUCAGAAGGAUCACCAGAAGUCAUCUCUAAUAUUGUUUUUUCAGGUUUGAUCUGAAGAGAUUUUUUAGGAAAAAAUUGAAAUAGAUUUGGCUACAUGAGAGAAUAGCCUCUCUCUUUGAUCUCUUCCACUCUUUUAAGUAAAAUUUUUAAAAUAAACUUAUCUAGUAUCAAUUCAUAAAUUCAUUUAUAUAUCAAGUGAAGCAAAGAUAGAAUGAAGUUUUUUUUUUUGGGAUAGAUAUAGAAAUGGA